AUCUUCACAUGUUCUCGAUCAGACGUGUCACGUUUUACUAGGACUCCGUUUUCCAGUUUAUUCCGUGUUUCUUAGUUUCCGGAUAUCUCUUGAGGUUGUUGUUUGUAAAAUGGACACGGGUCAGAUUGUCAACUAUAUCCGCGCCCGCCUUACCAGCAAAUGUUCGCUGCUGACGAAAUCGCUGCGCAGUCCGUCGUCGCGCUCAUCGCCGCGAGCCAAAACUGGACGAAGCGCGUCGCGUUCACCCUCCGCUGCGCGCAGCCCCUUCCGCAGUUUUCCCUGCGCUGUUCUUCGCUGGGGUAGGCAUUUUUGCGGGCCUCCAUCUUCCACAUGUGGCAUUUGUCUAUUUGUUUGACUGUGAUCGGUUCUUUUCGCAUUUAUCUCAGCUGGAACGGGAAAUGAUAUUCCGUACGGAACAGAUGAAUGUUUAUAUGGCGGAUGCGUUCGGUGUGCUGGCGAUUGUGCACACACCACCACUGACACCAGCACGGAAUACCCUGUUUCCCAAAGAAGAAGUCAACUUUAUUAAUCGCUUCAGUCUCAAUCCAGGGGUGUUCCUUGCCGGCAUCUACUUCAUCUACUCAGCCGUCACCGAUUCCCUGGACAUCAGCACCGUGCAGGGUUUUCGUGUCAACCGCGGCGCCGGCCACUCGCCGCUGACGGUCUGCGUGGGCCUUGGCAAUCCUUUUUACCUGUAUUUAUUGGGAGUAAACGGGUCUGUUAUUGGCCUCGUCCUCUGUUUAACCGGCUGGCUGCUCAUCGAGAGCUUCGGCGGCGGCGUCAUUGCACAGUGCACACUACCGUGCUUCCUGUUCAACCACGGGGAGGCUGCGCGGGUCAUGUGGACGCCGCCGAUGCGCGAGAGCUUCGGCUAUCCGUUCUUUGUCGUGGAGAUGCCGGUCGUGGCGUACCUGCUGAAGACGGGCUGUCGCAGCUGGCAGCUAGAUGGGCGUGACGUGGGGACUGUUUAUUUUGCAUUGGCAGGAAUCUUAUAUGAAUUACGAUUGUGGGGAUUGAUUUUAUUUAUAAUUCCUGCAUGGACUCAUGGGUAUGAUCGCAUUAUGCCCUGCCGCUCUUCUUCGGCCUGAUGCUCAUCUUCUCCAUCAACCUUUUUCCAUGUGCUGUGUAACGAUUCACGCAAAUGGGUGAUCAAGACCAUCGUCCCUUACGGUUCACCGCCGUCGUAAAUACGAGCACGUUUCCGAGGACAGGGAAAUCGGUGGAGCAAGCAAGGUUAUAGAAAAAUUCGGUUUUCGUCGAUCUUACAAUAGCUCUAAACCUAAAGUAUGAAGACUGGAUUACCCUUCUCGAAAUAUGACCGGCCCUUUGGAGUCCGGAGGGUCUCUUUAAUAAUCUAGUUUUCUGUAGUGUGGUACCGACAUUUCAGCAAAUAAAUUGUUUAAAUACAUCGAAGGAGUACAACUACUGAGUUUUGUUUAUAGAAGGUCAUGCAAAUCCAUGCAGGUACUCUGGAAAUUCGUUAUUAUGUACUAUGGUUGUUCGUACAAUGAGGAAUUAUUUAUUUCUGUGUUCGGCACCACUGAAUUUUCUCGGCUGUCAUAGCAAAUUA